AUGGAAUCGCAACACAGGAAGGAAGACGAGCACCAUGACGGGCGUCGUGCCCGUGAAGUUUACCGAUUCUUCCAGCCGGGGCGCCCCCCGUUAAGGAGCGUCAAGCAAUCCUUCUCUAACGAAACCUACUCGCCGCCCGUGAGCAACUCAGAUGGCUCCCUUCCGGCACCAUCGUCGCCCGCAUUACUACCUCAGUCCUCGUCACCCGCCAACUUAGGUCCCGUCUCCUCGUUGCUACCGGAGGGACUGACUCUGGGCGACCCGAACACGACGUUGACCUCUUUUGCACACCUAGCAGCCCUGCGACUGAACGUGGAGCGUGUACUAAUCAGUGUGUCCGAUCGCUCCUCGCAAUUCAUCAUAGCACAAUCAACCCAAUUCUUCCGCAAACCUGCCGAUUAUGAAACCUUGGGAGAUGGAGUGUGGGAUGGCUGUUCCACCUUGUCGUCCAGUUCCUGGAAGAUGUGCAAGGAAACCGUGGACCUUCCGCCAUCUGACCACGAUUCUGGAGAGUUUAGCUUCGUCGUGGUGAAUGAUUUGAGCGAGGAUGAAAGAUACCGAAAUCUCCCCUUCGUCAAGGGAGAUCCGCAUUUCCGAUUCUAUGCGGGCACCCCCCUGACAACGGACACCAAGAUCAACAUCGGCUCUUUUUUCAUCCUCGACAAGAAGCCCCACGACGGGUUAAACGACUACGAGAAAGAAAUCAUGGGUUCGAUCGGGACGCUGAUCAUGGAUUACCUGCGGGUGAGCCGGCAAGCGUCUGAAGGCCGCCGGGCCGCAAGGCUGUCUCGCGGGCUGGCUUGCUUUGUCGAGGGAAGCUCCAGCUUUGUGGACACACCCCAGUCGUCGUACGCAGGUAGCGGUGUACCAGGGACGCCGUCGUCCUCCAAUCUGAGGGCGCACCACUUGUCCGUCGGAUCGUUCAAUAGCUUCGAACUUCCAUCCCAGCGAUCGCACAGCAAUGAUGCACGCUCCUUCAGCUCUGCCUCCGAUUACAGAGCCGACCAGUGCGCUUCGUCCGUGCCGGAUGCGCCGUUACCGGAUUGGUGGGCAGGCAGUCGUCAAAAGGGACAAGAGGAAUCGCACGGCCACACUUGGGCCUUCCGCCGAGCGGCCAAUCUGCUGCGCGAAAGUCUCGAGCUCGAAAAUGACGGUGGUGUGAUGUUUCUCGAGGCCAGCAAUAGUCCAAUGGUUAAUGACAUCGACACCGGCAGCGACUGCUCGGGAUACGGGGAAGCUAGCAACCCGGCCUCCGUCCUGGCAGUCUCGACGACCGAAGAGCCCUUUGCUCCAUGUCCGGGAUCGACAGUGCUGUAUCCUGCAACCAACCUCGAGGGUGGGUUCUUGCAGCAACUUCUCCGACGGUAUGCCAAAGGAAAGCUCUGGUCCUUCCACCGGGAUGGGCUGCUCUCCAGCUCCGACGAUGAAAAGAAGCCACGCAGGACGCGCUCUCGCGUGACAAAAUCGCCAGACUUAUCUCGGGGAAGUAACAAAAAAUGGAAGGCCCUGGAAAAUUCGAUGCUGAACCUCUACUUCCCUAAUGCCACGCAGGUGAUGUUUGUACCUCUCUGGAAUGCUGCCAAUUCACAAUGGUUUGGCGGUUGUUUCUGCUGGAACACGGUGGAAACGCGCGUUUUCAGUCCGUCUGUCGAGCUCAGCUCGAUCCUAGGCUUCGGGUCUUCGAUCAUGGCGGAAUGCAACCGAGUGGAAUCCCUCAUCUCCGAUCGCCAGAAGGGCGAUUUCAUCGGCAGUAUCUCGCACGAAUUGCGAAGCCCCCUUCACGGUAUCCUUGCCGCCGCCGAGUUUCUCAGUUCUACGCAGCUCGAUGAAUUUCAGGGAUCGCUUUUGGAAACCAUCAACGCAUGCGGUCGAACCUUGUUAGAUACGAUGAAUCAAGUCCUCGAUUUCAGCAAGAUUGUCUCCUUGGAGAAGUCGUGGCGCCACAUGAAACGAGGUCGAAUUGCUGCUUCGGACUCCAAACCCUUAGAGACAGUCUCCGCUCAUCUGGACACGUACAUGGCAACGGACAUCGCUCUGCUCGCCGAAGAGGUCGUGGAGGGAGUGUGUCUAGGGCAUUCAUAUGGGCAGAAAUCCACUGCUACGUACGACCAGUCCGUGCUGCUCUCAAACGCUGCGGCAUCGCAGUUCAAUCUCCCCAAGGGCACCGCUGCUAAGCCUCAUUCGGAGGUGGAGGUGAUCUUGGACAUCGCUCCCAACGACUGGACCUAUCUGUCUCAGCCGGGAGCGCUGCGGCGUAUUAUCAUGAAUUUAUUCGGCAACGCCAUGAAAUACACGGACGCCGGUCGCGUCGGUUUACACAUGGAGGUGACCGAGCCGUCUGACGGUCGCUCGCGCCGACAAGGUGGGGACGACCUAGUUACGUUGACUGUGUCCGACACUGGAAAGGGCAUUUCUGAGGAGUUCCUACGUGGGCGCUUAUAUACGCCGUUCGCUCAAGAGGAUACGUUGGCGGUUGGGACAGGCCUGGGGUUGUCGAUUGUGCGAAGUCUGGUCCGAUCCUUGCAUGGCAGUAUUAACAUCCACAGCCAGCCCGGAGAGGGAACCGUUGUCAAGGUAUCUCUACCGCUAUCGCGUAUCGAAGCAGGGGAUCCAUUUGAUACUAGCUUUGAUUCGCGCACUCCGUCUCCGCGCGAGAAAGAGGGGAUCAGUGAAAGUACUGCCCUCCGCGACGCCCACGUUGGACGAAGGGCGGCGAUCAUGGGUCUCAGCCCUGAGGCUGCCGCCGACGACCCCUUCUGGUCCACUAUUGCACGCUAUCUCACGGACUGGUACGGCCUCGAGCUGGUCUCCUGGCCUUCUGGUACGCCGGCCGACGUUGUACUUGUCGAUCAGGCUGGCUUGUCUGCCAGCACCUGCCAAACCCUCCACACUUUCCGCCACGCCGUCCCCGCCCUUCUCAUCUUCUGCAACCAGUCGGUCGAUCACAAGCAGGCGCAACGGGAAUACGCGUCCCUCGCCAACAUUGUGAAGAUAUAUCACCGCCCCUGCGGGCCGCAAAAGCUCGCUCAAAGUAUCCGACGAUGUUUCGAAUCGCAAACGGGCUCUGCGACGACCACACCGGAGCAAAUCACUCUGCCGAGACGGCCGCACCCUCGCACGUCCAUGCCCCCUCAGGAGCCCGAAGAUACCGAGGCCGAAAAGACCGAAGCCCAGGCCAAGGUCUCCGAGGUUUCCGACAGUGCCACUGACUUGACUCCGGACUCCGUUAGCUCGGGGGCAUCUUCUUCAGUGGGCGCCCAGUCACCAGGCCAAGAGAUCGAGCAGAUGUUGACCACCAUCGUCUCCCCUCCGUCGCCUUUCCAACGAUCAUCGUCCGAGCCGGAGUUAGUGUCUGACUCGGAUGUCAUACCUGGACAAGAGCAGCCCCAAUCCGAGGUGAAAAUCCCGGACCCUCCCGGACCUCGACGGGCGCGGGUCCUCGUGGUUGACGACAAUUCUAUCAAUCUAAACCUGAUGCUCACGUUCAUGAAAAAGCGAAACUUGGAAAGAUUGGACUCGGCGGAGAACGGGCAGUUAGCCGUGGAUGCGGUGGAACAACUGGCCGCGGGAUAUGAUCUGAUUUUCAUGGACAUGUCAAUGCCCGUAAUGGACGGGUUUGAAGCUACGCGAGCCAUCCGCUCUCUUGAGAAAGAGCGAGACGGCGAAUCUGCCAUUAUCAUCGCCUUGACGGGACUUAGCAGCUCCCGCGAUGAAUCCAACGCGCUUUCGUCAGGGGUGGAUCUCUUCCUGACGAAACCAGUGUCAUUCAAGGAAGUGUCGAGGCUAUUGGAGGAAUGGGAGGGGAACGGACUACGCGAACGAUGCACGUAG